GUUAAUUUUAUAUAAUUUUUAUUGAUUAAUAUAACUCAAAUAUGGACCGCAUCAGGCAGAUGAUAACACAGGCUAAAAAAGGUGGAAAACAUAUUUGGUUCACCACUUGAAUGAUCGUCCAACUAGGAGCAUUUUUUGUCCUCAGCGAGAAAUACCUUUUCAGCAUAAUUGGAGUUAAAGGACCAUCCAUGGAGCCUGUUCUUGGGGCUAGAGAUAACAUUGUCUUUGUUAACCUCUUUAAAUGGAAAAUCUUGGGACAACUCAAAAGAAAUGAUGUGAUUGUUGCUGUCAACCCAUUCAAGCCAGGAUACCAAAUAGUCAAAAGAGUACUGUACAUGUCAGGAGAGACAGCCAAGUUCAAGAAGAAUGAUGGAGAAUAUGAAUACGUCAAGAUCCCUCCUAAUCAUAUCUGGGUAGAAGGAGAUAACAAGAAAAACUCCAGAGACUCCAGAAACUUCGGACCACUGAGUCUAAACCUCGUCGAAGGGAUUGCUACACGUAGGGUGUGGCCUAGACAUUCAAUUCUCUAAUAAGCCGACUUAUCCCUAACAUAUUCAUUUGCUUA